GGGAGCGGCGCGGGCAGAGCCUGCCUCCGCCCGCCCCCCCGCCCCGCCGCGGUACCCACCCACGGUCCGGGAGCCGAUGCAGCCCAUGGCUCGGGCGCCUCCGGGGCCGGGCGCUCACCGCCGCGGGGCGGGCGCCGGGGGCAGCACCGGGAGCCGCGCCGCCGCCCCAGCCGCUCUGCAGCGCCGCGGCUGUCUCCGCUCGGCUCCGCUCCCCCCUCCCCUCUCCAUCCCUCCCCGCGGCAGCAUCCGUCGCCGCCGCCGCCGCCGCCGCCGCCGCCUGGCUCCCCCGCCCGGGCUCGGCUGGCGGCGGCGGGGAGGGGGCGGCCCGGGGAUUGGCUGCGCGCGGCGCCUCCCCGCCCCUGCCCUCGACCCCGCUGCCGCGCUCCGCGCGCACCUCGCGGCGCUCCCCUCCGCCCGCCGUGUCCGUGGCCCUAGCGGGGCUCCUCGCCCGGUCCCGGCCGGGCUGGCGUCUGGGGGUGCUGGAGACCCGGAGAACGUACCCCUUCGGUCCCCUGUGGGGACCGCUGGGAAAGAACCCGGCGCCCGCCCUCCGGUUCUGAUCGCGGAGUCUUUGCGAGUGGAUCGUGUGCUGAGCUUCCCUGUACUGGGCGCUCGCUGGAAACUCGGGGAUAAGUAUGGGGUUGGUGCAGAUCCCUCCAGGCCUGCCUGGGGAUGGGAGAGUAGAAUGAGAUAAUUCAGUCCCAGCUAGAGGGGAAUAAAAAUCAGGAUUCAAGACUGACUAGACGGCACAGUUUUAUAUCCAAUUUAACUUUCUGUGCGAUGAUCUCCUCUGACAAAUGACAGCAUGG